AUGCUGACGAAUCCUAAGAAGCAUGGGAUCGAUUCGGAUAUUGCUUUUGAAGUUGUCGCGCCGUCCAUUCCUGGGUAUGGAUGGUCUGACCAGCCGAAACGAUCAGGGUUCAGUCAGGUGGCAUGCGCUCGGGUUUUUCGAAAGCUGAUGGAACGACUUGGCAUCAAGAGAUUCUACCUUCAAGGCGGCGAUUGGGGAUCGCUGAUCGCUAGCAAUUUGGCUAAGCUCUAUCCAGCUCAAGUAUUCGGUCUUCACCUGAACAUGCUGGCAGCAAUGCCUGAUUCUUCAUUGAAAGUGGCAGUACUUGAUAUCUUUGGAUCGUUCUUCCCAAAGUGGGUGUUCUCCUCACCAUCCCACUACAACCAUAACUUCUUUACCAGAGUGAUGGGGAUACUCACUGAGACCGGAUAUAUGCACCUUCAGGCAACUAAGCCGGAUACUGUAGGAACUGCGCUGAACGAUUCUCCGAUUGGACUGGCUGCUUACAUUCUGGAAAAGUUUUCCACAUGGACCAAGUUAGACCACAGGUCGCUUAAAGAUGGAGGCUUGACCAAGAAGUUUACUCGAGAUGAGCUCUUAACUGUGGUCAUGAUCUAUUGGCUAAAUGGAAAUAUCGUCUCAUCGCAGCGAUUUUAUCGCGAGUUCUUCCUGGACGAACGAAAACAGAGCUCUGCAGAAAUCUCUUCGGUGCUGUACAAUCUCACUCACUACACAGAAGUGGCGGAUGUUGGACAUUUUGCCGCUUUUGAAAUGCCUCGGCCACUUGCCGUUGAUAUUUUUGAUUUUGUUAAAAAAUUAGAGAGCUAG